CAAAAGUGUGGACGCACCGCUCAACUCUUUAGCUCGUGCAUGAGAUAAUCAGCACAUGCGAGCUCGUUCAACCUCCCGGGUGAGCACCGAGCGAGAAGCCCUGGGACGCUUUCUCCUCGGGAUUUGUGCGGCUCGGCUCGGGAGUUGGGGGGAACCGUAAAACAUCCCCGUCCGAAAGGGGAACGAGGAGAGGGAGACGCGAGACAGGGAGGACACGAGCGGAAGGGAGGCGGAAAUCACUGAAAAGCAAAGCUGUGUACACACGUAACGCUAUUUUUGGGCGUGCGUAAAGGCGCAAAACAAAGUAACGUUAACCGGAUAAAUGUAAACAUUGAUAUGUAUUUUCCCCUGGACAUGUUUCCGCUCCGGGAGAACGUUGUUUAGACUGUGUUGUGGGAAGAGGGUGAUCCUGGCGCUGUAGAAAGACUGCUCUGUGUAUUAUCUCCUCUUCAUUGUUUGCGCUGGAAAUUACGGGAAGUUCUGGUUUUCUACGUUUAACUUUAGAGGAAACGUAAAAUGCAAAUGCGGUAGGUGACUCCAGGCUUUGGUUCAUCAACUAAACAGACUUGAAACGCCGUUUUCCACCCCUCCACAUUGUAUAGCUGGGCUGUGCUGUUUGGUCCACCGAAAUGUGAGACAGCAGUGGAGUCGACACUUGACAAACCGCUACAUCCAGCUGUUAUAUUAGCCACAAUUGUAACCCUUCAUUCACGCCUUUUGGAUAUGCUAAAGAAAGUUUUUAAGAAUGAAGAGAAGAAAAUUCCCAUAGUCCGUCUCUGCUUUCAGGUUACAUCGCUGCCGUCUGCUGAACGGGAUCUGUUGAAACGGUGUUAUUAUUUUAGUCUUAUUAUUCACGCCUUCAUCAUUUCCAUGUUGUGAAGACAGCGGAGCUGCCAUGCGCCCAGGAUGGGGAUUUAGUGUGGUGACCUACUGCGAUUAACUUACAGUUGUGAAAUUGCCUGAUCAUCUUGCUGAUAGUGAAUGAUUAAGAGCCCCGGCGCGGGUAGGGAACCGACAGUAGUGCCUGCGUGCGCGCCGUGAGCCACCGCUUUCAGCCCGCUGUGUGAACCAGUUCGUGGACUCGGUGACUUUGUGAGGAGAGUCUCGGGAGCCGAUAUGGAGGAGUGGAGACAAUGCGGGCGGUGGUUGAUAGACUGCAAGGUCCUGCCCCCGAACCACCGGGUCGUGUGGCCCUCGGCGGCCGUCUUCGACCUGGCACAGGCCCUGCGAGACGGGGUGCUCUUGUGCCAGAUGUUGCACAACCUCUCGCCGGGAUCAGUGGACCUGAAGGAGAUAAAUUUCAGACCCCAGAUGUCACAGUUCCUGUGUUUGAAGAACAUCCGGACGUUUCUCAAGGUGUGCCAUGACAAGUUUGGCCUGCGCAACAGUGAGCUGUUUGACCCUUUUGACCUCUUUGACGUCAGGGAUUUUGGCAAGGUAAUCUCCGCUCUGUCAAGGAUCUCCCACCACAGCAUUGCACAAAUCAAAGGCAUCAGGCCCUUUCCAUCAGAGGACACAGCUCUGAAUGAGGAUGAUGUGUACCGGAGCCUUGAAGAGCUGGCAGAUGAGCAUGACGUGGGUGAGGAUGACAUCUACGACUGUGUGCCGUGUGACGACGAUGGGGAUGACAUCUAUGAGGACAUCAUUAAGGUGGAAGUACGACAACCCAUGAAAAUGGGUAUGACAGAAGAUGACAAGAGAAAUUGCUGCUUAGUGGAGAUCCAGGAGACUGAAGCUAAGUACUACAAGACUUUGGAGGAUAUUGAGAAGAAUUACAUGAUCCCAUUGAAGCAAGUCUUGAGUCCACAGGACAUGGAGGCGAUCUUUGUCAAUCUUGAGGAUGUAAUCAGAGUCCACUUUGCCCUCCUGCGAGCCAUUGACCUGAACAUGGUCAGUGGAGGAAGUGGGCUGGGGAAGAUCUUCCUCGACUUCAAGGAAAGGUUGUUGAUCUAUGGUCAGUACUGCAGCCAUAUGGAGAACGCCCAGAAGACACUGGAUGAGUUGAUAGCAACACGAGAGGACAUCAAGAUUAAAGUAGAGGAAUGCACUAUGAAAGUGCAGGAAGGGAAGUUCAAGCUGCAGGAUCUGCUGGUGGUUCCCAUGCAGAGGGUGCUGAAGUAUCAUCUACUACUGAAGGAACUUUUAAGUCACUCAGCUGACCGACCAGAGAGACAACAACUCAAGGAGGCUCUGGAGGCUAUGCAGGACCUGGCCAUGUACAUCAACGAAGUCAAGAGGGACAAUGAGACGCUGAAGAAAAUCAGCGAAUUCCAAAGUUCAAUAGAAAAUCUUCAGCAGGUGAAACUGGAGGAGUACGGGAGGCCCAAGAUAGACGGAGAGCUGAAGGUGUGCUCCAUCAUCAACCGCACAAAACAGGACCGGUAUAUAUUCCUGUUCGAUAAAGUGGUCAUUGUCUGCAAGAGGAAAGGCUAUAGCUAUGAGCUCAAAGAGGUUAUAGAACUGCAGUCCUAUAAAAUGUCGGACGAUCCAAUGAACAACAGAGACAUGAAAAAGUCAAGUGGAAAAAUGUGGUCUUAUGGUUUCUACCUGAUCCACCUGCAAGGGAAGCAGGGCUUCCAGUUCUUUUGUAAAACUGAGGAGACCAAGAGGAAGUGGAUGGAGCAGUUUGACAUGGCCAUGUCCAACAUCAAGCCAGAGAGAGCCACAGCCAAUCAGCAUAACUUCCAGAUGCACACGUUUGAUAAGAACACCAACUGUCGAGCUUGCAAGAUGCUCCUGAGGGGCAUCUUCUAUCAGGGCUACUACUGCGCUCGCUGUGGAACAGGAGCACACAAAGAGUGUCUGGAAGUCAUCACCAUCUGCAAAAUCAAUCCUCAUGACUUGGAACCUGGAAUAUCAUCAGGUCCCAAGAUGGUGGCAGUGAGGAACUACCAUGGCACACCAGCACCUCCAGGAAAGACACCGCUCUCUUUUCAAACAGGAGAUUUUAUCGAGCUGCUGAAAGGAGAUCCUGACACCCCGUGGUGGGAGGGAAAGCUGAUACAAACACAAAAGAGUGGUUUCUUCCCCAGUUCAUGUGUAAAGCCUUAUCUGGACCCAAAGCCCUUCCAGUCAUUAUCGAGCCGGCAGUCCUCAAGGGAAGCAGACUACUAUGGAUAUCCAUGGUUUGCAGGGAACAUGGAACGCCAGCAAGCUGACAACCUUUUAAAAUCCCACAGCAGUGGGACCUACCUUAUCAGAGAGAGGACAGCGGAGGCAGAGAGGUUCGCCAUCAGCAUCAAAUUCAAUGAUGAAGUAAAACACAUCAAAGUCAUUGAAAAAGACAGCUGGAUUCACAUCACUGAGGCCAAGAAGUUUGAGAGUCUUUUGGAGCUGGUGGAGUACUAUCAGUCCCAUUCACUGAAAGAAAGCUUUAAGUUGUUAGAUACCACAUUGCGAUACCCCUACAAGUCAAGAGAACGUUCGCUAACGCGGGCCAGCACACGCUCGCCAGUGUUUACUCCUCGGGUGGUCAGUACAGCAGUGGCCAGGUAUAACUUUGCAGCACGAGACAUGCGAGAGCUGUCACUGCGAGAAGGGGAUAUUGUCAAAAUCUACAGCAAGAUCGGUGGAGACCAGGGCUGGUGGAAAGGAGAGGCCAACGGUCGAAUUGGAUGGUUUCCCUCAACCUACGUGGAUGAAGAAGGAGUGCAGUAGAGCUUGGAUGUUUGUUGGUCUUGCUCCCUUUAAAUCAGGAACCAUCUUCUAUCUACUGUUCUCAGAGAAAAUUACUCACUCUCUCCAGGAAAAUAACAAGAUAUACAAAACAAGACUGUUUUUUUAUUUGUUUGGUUUUUUUUUGCUGGAUACUCAUUUUUCAGCGAGUGUUUCUACCCCAUUUCUCUAUCUUCAAUUAUGCAUCAGCUUUGCUCAUGUUUGUUUUGUUUGUUUUUUUUGGGGGGGGGGGUUGUUUCUGGCAGGAUGUCCUGUUUAAUUUCUGUACAGGAAAGAAGAAAAAACAGGCUUGCUGUCCGUCAGCCUCUGUGCGCUCUGUAGAGGCUUUAUUGAACUGAGGACACGGCAAACAUUGACUGUGGAUAGCUUUACUUUGAAAAAGGCUCCCCUAUGUUGCAGGUCUCUAUGCGAGGUGAAAUAAUUGUACAGUAUAGAUAAUUUAUUGAAUAGAGAUUAUUAUCAUUACUAAUGAUUAUUGUGGGGAAGUUGAUUAAAGUAACAGCAAGGAAUCGGAGGAGGAAAACUAAAAUAAGAAGAAAAAAGACAGAUGCUCUGUUUUCAUGUUGAGAGAUUUUGCCUUAGUUGUCAUGGUGAUGCCUUGUGGGCUGACACCAGUGGAGGGAAUCGACUUUGUUGACUGGUUUUACUUCUCCAUGUAUGCAUGUGCCCAUGUGCGGCCCACACAAACACACACACACACACACACACACACACACAGACCAAUGUACAGUACGGUGCCUUUGAAGAAUGGUCGUUGCUUACUGAACCUCAACAUCAGCCAGUAAAGAACAUUGCCAUCCUAAAAGACAGUUCGUCCACAUCCAGAGGACUUUACUAAAGGAGGUGGGGGGAGGCACUUCUACAACGUACCGGGACGGCUUGCCUUCUGAGCCCUCAAAAACAAGAUGGUGAAGCAUUUAACUUAUCCAAACUGGUGACUGGAUGGACAGUUGGAGGGUUUUUAUAGUCAACAGGAAUCACAUACACAGUUCACAUCAGUCUUGGCGUCAUACGUCUAUGGGUGCAAUCAGCUGGAUGCGAAAGGGAAACAGCAAGACAUUCCACUCGACUGCCACUUCACACUUUUAAAACUCUGUGUUCCUUGUUUUAUUGAUUGAUUUUUUUUUUUGCACAGAAUCAAGAUUAUUUUUUAAUUGUUGACAACUGGACCAACAGUUGUUGUUGUCAUUUAAAGCCAAAAUCAGCCAUGUUUUAAUGUCUGCAUGGAGUUUGAUGGAUUGCUAUGAUUUUUCGUAACUUGCCUUACUUUUACAGAUGAUCAGGUGACGGGAAGUUUCUUUUAAUGUUAAUCAUUUUCCAUAUGUGAAAUCCGUUUUGGUGCUGUGCAGACUGGUGAAAACAGUGUCAAAAGAUUUUUAAUCUGAAGGAAAACUUUGUGUGCUAAUUAACAUUAAGCCACAUCAUUUUGUGAUUUUCUAGGGGUGCAGUGCUCAGUGUUUCCAUUUACUACCAGUAAUGCCCUAGUGCCAUAAAUACUUUUACAGAUUUAUAGCCAUUUAGACUGCAGUGUGUUGGCAUACUGCUUUAAUCAGUUUUCUAUUGAGCAUAGAUGUACUGUACCAGACAACUUUCCAAUUCUAGUUACACAGAUAUUCAGAUGUUUAUUGACCCUGCCAGCUCAGCUUUCUAUAAAAGGUUAGUUCAAAUGAUGUUUACAUUUAAUUUGAUGUACAGCAUAUUGACUAUCUCUGUUUAUAUGGCUUUGCCUAUAGCCUUCAUAAAUUCCACCUGCACAUUUAAGUAUUGAGAUAUUGCUUGCAGCUUACACCAAAUUGUCUUUUCUUACGUUUUUUUUUCCAGAAAAAGGAAGAAAAAAAAUUGCUUUACUAAAAAAAUAGGAUGUUAUGGAAAGUAGCUGUUUUAUCAAAUUAAGACUGAGGUCUUGCUUCAAAUGGUUAAAAAAUAAAUCAGUUACAUGCGUUACAUUUAGCUGAUGGUGUUCUCCAAAGUUCUUACAAUUGCUAAGUAUUUCAGAGGUCACAUGCCUCUGGAGCAACUAGGGUUUAAGUGUCUUGCUCUAGGAUACAUUGGUGGAUGUGUCACUGUGGGGAAUUGUACCCAGGUCUCUCACACCAAAGGCAUGUGUCUACUGCACCAUCACCACCCCACCCCCAGUUAUCAAAACGAUUUCAACUCACUGUCAGAGCCUUCAUGCACCCCGGGGAGAAGUAAAGUGCAAACACUGAGCACAUCAGCUCUGGCUGGUUCACAAAAACUUAUGGAGCAGAAGAUGCUGAUAUGUUUAGUUUCUAAACUUUUGACUGUCUAUGAUGUGUGUUAUUGCAAAGGCUGAUCGCCCCGAAAUACACAAAGUCCUACCACUGUGUGAGGGAGACCUCCAUGUUGUCUUAAACGAGGGGAAGGGGGGGUUCUAGUCGCUGUUUAUGUAGUGGACAAAAACCCAUUGCAUGUGGCUAUUGAUAUUUCAACUCCUGUCAGUACAUCCUCAAAAAAUAAGUACUUAAUUGUGUAAAUUUUUUGAAUGGUUGAGUAUUCCGAAAUGAGGUCUAUUAUGAAAUAAAUAUUUCUCUUUUGGUUUAAA